AUGCCUCCCAAGAGAAAAGCGACUGACAAUGGUCGGUCUAGCGGUUCCUCCAAGCGACCUACGCCCGUUCCCGAUGCCGAACUCUCCAGCAGCGAUGAAUACUCGGACGAUGGGGAUGAUGAAGUACCGGAGCGGAACAACCUGAAAGAGGUUGUUAGCAAAUUCUCUCUGGAGUCGUUCAGCAAGAGAUCGCUCAACAAGACCGACCCCAGAUUUGGUUACAAGGAUCUUUCUUAUCUUCCCCUUAAGCUUGACCACUAUAACCGACCUCUAUGGAUUGAGCCGGUGAAAGGCACGAUCACCCUCGAGAGUUUCUCCCCGCUGGCGCCCCAGGCACAGGACUUCCUUACCACCAUCGCCGAACCGCUCUCACGUCCCACCCACCUUCACGAAUACCGCCUGACGGGUCACAGUCUUUAUGCAGCCGUGUCGGUCGGUCUAAAGCCCCAGGAUAUUGUUGAGUUCUUGGAUCGUCUUUCGAAAACUCCGCUACCGGAGAGUAUCCGAAAUUUUAUUAUUGAGUUUACGAAGUCAUACGGCAAAAUCAAGAUGGUUCUGCGACACAAUCGAUACUACGUGGAAACAACUGAUCCUGAGAUGCUGCAACGACUGUUGAAAGACGAGGUGAUCGGUCCACAAAGAAUCGAGAGUACCGAGGGAAUCAUCGAGCGCGCAGCUCCGAAGAUGGGAGGUCUCGUUAUUCCUGGAACGAAGGAUGCGGCUGGUGUAAGAGAGACUGGUACUCAGCAGAACUCCGCUGCUGUACCGCCUCGGGAUGAAAAUGAAGAGGCGGCAGUAGAUUACGGGAUCGAUGAUGUUGGUGACGUCGAUGAGGCUACCACAUAUAGUUUCGAAAUCCCUCCUGCCGGAGUUGAAGUGGUCAAAGCCCGCUGCCAAGCAAUUGGAUGUCCUGCCUUGGAAGAGUAUGAUUUCCAAGGUGAUACUGUCAACCCUAACCUCGACAUGGAUUUGAAACCUGCCGCUCGAAUUCGUUCAUAUCAGGAGAAGAGUCUCAGUAAGAUGUUCGGUAACGGACGUGCAAAGAGUGGAAUCAUCGUUCUUCCCUGUGGCGCGGGCAAGACCUUGGUGGGCAUCACUGCUGCGGCGACUAUCAAAAAAGGCACCAUUGUUCUUUGCACAAGUUCCAUGUCCGUGGUCCAGUGGCGAAACGAGUUCUUAAGAUGGACCACUAUUGACCCCGGCGAUAUCGCUAUCUUCACAUCUGAUCAUAAAGAGAAAUUCAAACGGUCCACCGGGAUUAUCGUCUCGACUUACUCCAUGGUAUCGCAAACCCGGGCACGUUCCUAUGAUGCUCAGAAGAUGAUGGACUGGCUCCAAUCUCGAGAGUGGGGUAUGAUGAUUCUGGACGAGGUUCACGUUGUGCCUGCCUCAAUGUUCCGAAAGGUUACAUCUGCGAUCGCCGCACAGAGCAAGCUUGGUCUUACUGCGACCUUGUUGCGUGAAGAUGACAAGAUCAAGGAUUUGAACUUCCUGAUUGGUCCCAAGCUCUAUGAAGCGAACUGGAUGGAACUUGCUGCACAAGGUCAUAUCGCAAAGGUCCAGUGUGCCGAAGUCUGGUGUCCCAUGACAACUGAAUUCUAUUCAGAGUACCUACGGGAGAGUUCUAGGAAGCAGGCCUUGCUCUACAUCAUGAAUCCACGCAAGUUCCAAGCGUGUCAAUUUUUGAUUGACUUCCACGAAAAACGAGGAGAUAAGAUCAUUGUUUUCUCUGACAACGUUUAUGCGCUCGAGCGAUAUGCACUCAAGCUGAACAAGGCUUACAUCUACGGUGGAACCCCGCAGAACGAGCGAAUGCGUAUCCUGGAGAACUUCCAGCACAACGAGCAAGUCAACACCAUCUUCUUGUCCAAGAUUGGUGAUACUUCCCUUGAUCUACCCGAGGCCACCUGCCUGAUUCAAAUCUCAUCCCACUACGGCUCACGUCGUCAGGAGGCUCAACGACUGGGCCGCAUUCUUCGUGCCAAGCGUCGUAACGAUGAGGGCUUUAAUGCAUUCUUCUACUCGCUUGUCUCUAAAGACACCAAUGAGAUGGUUUACUCGGCCAAGCGCCAAGCUUUCCUUGUCGACCAGGGCUACGCCUUCAAGGUCAUCACUCACCUUCAAGGAAUUGACGAAUAUGAAGGGCUCUCCUAUGCAACACCCGCAGAACGCCGCGAGCUUCUGCAGGAAGUCAUGCUGCAGAAUGAGUCUUCAGCCGACGUGGAACAGGUGAAUGAUGAUCUAUUCUCCAUGCGCACAGGCGGCAAACGCGCCGGAGGCAAGAAAGCUAAUGCCAAACGUAGCGCUGCGACCCUUAGCGGUUUGGCUGGCGGUGAUGAUAUGGCCUACAUCGAAUACAAUAAGAGCAAGAAUAAGCAGCUGAAGGACAAGGCUGGACAUCAUCCGCUAUUCAAGAAGAUGGAACGGGAACGGCAACGGCGCAAAAAGGAGCGAGAGACCGCGCUGCAAUAA